CAAAAUUUUCCACUUCACUACCGACAGAUCUCUUCAAAAUCGUGAAAGCGAGAGAUUUCACGGACGGUUUCAAUGGCGCUGGUGGCUGAUCUCGGCGGACUUCAGGUCGAGAACGUGAAAUUUCCAGCGGAAAUCAAACCUCCGGCCUCCGCUAAGACUCUAUUUCUCGGCGGCGCAGGAGUUAGGGCGUUGGAGAUCGGAGGAAAUACUGUGAAAUUUACUGCGAUCGGUGUUUACUUGGAGGAGAAAGCUGUGCCGUUGCUCGCCAGUAAAUGGAGCGGAAAGAGUGCGGCGGAGUUGAUGGAUUCCGUUGAGUUCUUCAGGGACGUUGUCACUGGCCCUUUCGAGAAGUUGACAAAUGUGACAUUAAUAUUGCCACUUACGGGUGAAGAAUACGCUGAGAAAGUGGCAGAGAAUUGUGCAGCAGCUUGGAAAUCCAUGGGAAUCUAUACUGAUGAAGGAGCUGAAGCCAUUCGAAAGUUCAUUGAUGCCUUCAAGAAUGAAAAUUUCCCUCCUUCCUCUUCUAUUCUUUUCACCCAUUUCCCUCCUAACACUUUAUCGAUUAGCUUCUCAAAAGAUGGGUGCAGUGGUGAAAAACAAGAAGAAAUGGUGAGAAAAAUAGAGAACAAGUUACUUAGUGAAUCAGUAUUGGAGUCCAUUAUUGGAAAGAAUGGAGUUUCACCAGCAGCCAGGCUUAGUUUGGCUACAAGAUUCUCCCAAUUGUUCAAUCAUUAUGAACCUAACACUCCCAAUAUUUGUAACCCUAAACAAAUCUGAACAAUUACCCCUCAUUUUCCCCUCCACUUAGUUUUUUAUUUUUAAUUUAAGAGACUUAGCAUUUUUAUGUUGCUUUUCUAUCUAAAAUAUUUUAAUAACUAAUGUCCUUUACCUCUUUUCCCUUAUUA